UGUCGUUGAUAGCAGCUUUUCCGGGCGUUACCGCCAACAAUAUGCGCACUUAGUCUCGAAUGCUCAGUCGGGAGAUUCGCUACGCUGCCUAGAGCUACAUUUGUGCCAUAGACAACGUUUCCCGCUCUACGCGGAGGCAGACUGUUGUGGAAUGAAAAGCACACCGUACGCUGUUUUUUGGCUGUGUACCACUAUUUCAAGCACGGUAGCCCUAAAAGAUAAUCACCAAAAUGGCUGCGACAUUUGGCACAGAAUGACCAAUGAGCCGGCUCGUUUCCGGCAAGGCCCACAUGCAAGGGAGUCCAGACUAGUGCUCAAGUCAAUCAAAGGUGGUGCCCAUGGAUCUGUUGUUCUAAAAUGUCCCGACGGCAGCAAAUGCAUCCUCGGCAGCUGCAUGAACACUUCUCCUGGUUCAGACAGCUAUGACUGUUGUCCCUACGACAGAGGAGUGCCUUGCCUUUACAAAAGCGGCACAGGCAGUUCCAGUGAGAAAAAUGGCUGCUGUCUGCGUGGACACCGUUGCCAGCAAGGAGCAUGCAUCUAUGACGAAGGCGGAGUCUCCUUGUCGUACAGUCCGGCCGCUCUUUUGCCUCCUCUGCAGAAGAGCCUGGGCAGCUCGUCUUGCCGUCCUAAGGAGACGGUUCAGUGCCAGGACCACAGCACGUGCCCCGCUGGUAACAGUUGCUGCCACACGCCCGAGUACCCUGUGGGGACGUACUCCUGCUGUCCGUACGAGUACGGCCAGGUGUGCUGCCCGGACGGCUCCUGCUGCGCUGCAGGAUACCGAUGCGAGCCGCGUUGGGGUAUCUGCACGCCCACGCUGGCAGGUAGUGCAAUCAACGGCACGAAAGCUCAAGGCAGCCGGUUGCUGUAUCCCGUUCCUGCAAGGAGAGGCCCGCGGGCGAAGUGGUCCCCCGCUAGGAGCACAUUUAACGCACCGUGGAUUCAGUGUCCGGACGGUACCUACUGUCACCAGAACUCGACGUGCUGUCCCGCCCAUUCUUCGUUAUUGGCGGCUUCUUCAGCCAUCCUCCAGUACACCUGCUGUCCUCACGAGCACGCCCAGUGCUGCGACGACGGGGAGCACUGCUGUCCGCGCGGCACACAAUGCGCGCAAUUCGAACAGCGCGAAGGUCAUCGGUGCCAUUGGCUGGACGACGAACCAGGACGCACUGUUCUGGCCUCCAAGAAGUACCCGAGUCUGAAAAGUUUACCCGGGGAUACGUACCCUUCGGUGCCGUGUCCCACGUGGAUGGUGUGCAGCUCGGGCUCGUGCUGCCGCAAUGAGUACGGGGCCUACCGGUGCAGUCCGUACGCGGGAGGAGUGUGCUGCACCUCGGGCAUCUCGGGAUGUCCACCGAACAUGGAGUGCGUCGGCUAACCGAACGCGUCUGCUUGCCUGAACCCGUGAACUGCCCCAGCAUGGGCAAUCAUUUAAGCAAUAUGUUAUGUAAUAAAUACCUUUCCGGCACUUAUUCUGCAACAGUGCCAAAUGUUCGAAUGCCUCACCCACACAUCUAAAUAAAACACCGUCUCACGUACAACCCCGACAUACAAAAAAACGGGUGUUAUAGUUGAA